CGUGAGUGAAGAAGUGUGUCUGCGGGGUUUGUUUUCCUACACACGCCGACAGUCGACAUUUAUGAAACAAGUCUUAAAUGAAAACCAUCUUUCAUGAACGUCUUCAGCCUUUUUAAGCCUCUCCCCGCUAUUGUAAUGCAAAUAUAAAUUGCGCUGUGUGAGCAUAUUUCAGCCAUGCAGGGACGGUAGCGGAAAGGAGCAGUUAUUAGGUAAGCAAGGUGUCGACAGGUAAGCAGAGAAAACGGGACUUGUGCCGUUCACAGCUGCCUUUGGUUGGAGGGCCGUCUCCAGCUACGUUUCCUCUAGACUUCGCCCGGGUCUGUUGCCCUCACCACCGGCCUGAAGUUUGGUGUUUUCCUCGGUAGAAGAAAUCAUGACUGAGGAGAAAACGAACAUUUCCGACGAACUGUUCGAGAGUGUGCGGGAGGCAGUGGGUCGGAGGGUGAAACUGACCCUGAGGUGCAAAGUCCAGCUGGAGGUCAAAGGUGACAAGGUGGAGAACAGAGUACUAGCUUUGGCGUCACAUCGAGCCUAUCUGCUGACAGCGCGGGUCCCUUCUAAGGUUGAGCAGUCGUUUAACUACUUGGAUAUUCAGGGAAUCAGCAGCAACAAGCCCACUCAGCUCAUUUUAGAGCAUGAGCGCGGGCCUUGGAGCCUCCGGCUGGGCUCGGUGGAGGAAGUGGAUGAGGUGAUCACUCAGAUCGGCAGCUGUCUUCACCGGAUCUGCCCUGCUGUCUCACCUGUGAAGAUGAUGAGGAGGCUGAAUUUGAAGCCUCCUGAGAGGUUAACAGCCCUCCAGGCCGUCUGGAAUGAGCAGGUUCCAGCUGACUUAGGACCCUGUGGUGGCUUUUCUCAUCAAUACUUGUGUGUGUGUGACAGUUUGGGUCUGCCAUAUCGAGAGGAGGUCCAGUGGGAUGUUGACACCAUCUAUUUAAGUCAGGACACUAGAGAACUGAAUCUGCAGGACUUUGUUCAUCUGGAGAACAGGGAUCUUGUGGCAAUCAUUGCAGUCCUGGAAUACAACCAGUGGUUCACCAAACUCUCAACCAAAGACUACAAACUGUCUACAGAUGUGUGUGAGCAGAUUUUCAGAGUUGUUGCUCGAUCCAGUCGACUGGAAGAGCUGGUUCUGGACAACGCUGGACUCAAAUGUGAUUUUGCUCAGAAACUUGCAGGCGCUCUGUCACAAAACCCAUCCUGCAUGCUGCACACACUCAACCUGAGCAACAACUCCCUAGAGGACAAAGGUGUUUAUGCUCUGAGUGCUCAACUAGCCAAAUUGCCUAUGGGCCUAAAGCACCUGAACCUCUCAAAGACGUCCAUAUCUCCUAAAGGUGUAAACAGCCUCUGUCAGGCACUAUGUGCCAACCCUGUCGUCGCCUCCACCCUCACACAUUUCGACCUGUCAGGGAACUCCCUUAGAGGAGAUGACCUUCAGAAUUUGCAGAGUUUCCUGAGUCAUCCAAACUGCCUCAAAGCUCUGGAUCUGUCAAACAGUGACUGUUCCCUGGAGCUGGUGUGUUCAUCUCUGUGCAAGGGAUCUUUGAAUCAUCUUGCUGUCCUCAACAUGUCCAGAACAGUCUUCUCUCAUAGGAGAUGUAAAGAAAUCCCUCAGUCCUUUAAGCAGUUUUUCAGCAGUGUUCAGGCUCUGACUUCUGUCAGCCUAUCAGGAACCAGGCUGCCGCUGGAGGCUCUGAAAUCGUUGUUGUUGGGCCUUGGUUGCAACCCAAACCUCAGGGAUGUUUCUCUGGAUCUUAGCAGCUGUGAGCUUCGUUCAGGAGGCUCACAGAUUUUAGAGGGUUGCAUCGCAGAUAUCCCCAAUAUUUCCAGUCUGGAUAUUUCAGACAACAGUUUGGACAUGGAUCUCUCCACGCUUCUUGUGUGGCUGGCCAAAAACCGCUCCAUCAGGCACCUUUCUUUAGGCAAAAACUUCAACAACAUCAAAUCUAAAAAUGUUGCUCAGGUCUUGGAUAACCUGGUUUACAUGAUUCAAGAAGAAGAGUCACCUUUGACUUCACUCUCCCUGGCUGAUUCCAAGCUGAAGGCCGACCUCUCCAUCGUCCUUAACGCUCUCGGCAGCAACACCUCUCUGAUCAAGCUGGACAUCAGUGGAAACUCAAUGGGAGACAUGGGGGCCAAGAUACUGGCCAAAGCUCUGCAGAUCAACACCAAGCUGAGGACCUUAGUGUGGGACAGAAACAACAUCAGCCCCCAGGGUUUACAGGAUGUAGCUGCUGCUUUGGAGAAGAACUACACAAUUCGAUUUAUGCCUGUCCCUAUCAUGGAUGCUGCUCAGGCACUGAAGGCCAAUCCAGAUAAGACAGAGGAUGCUUUACUAAAGAUGGAGCAUUAUCUGCUGAGGAACCACGAGACGCGUAAAUACCUCCAAGAACAGGCAUACAGGUUGCAGCAGGGAAUAGUCACCACCACCACGCAGCAGAUGAUGGACAUGAUGUGUGUGAGAGUCCAUGAUCACCUGAACUCUCUGAGAUUCUCAGAGGCCAAUUCUGUUCAAGAUGACAUGAAGCUGGCAGAGAACCUGAUGAAGGAUGCAAAGAACUCCAAAACUCUGCUCCCCAACCUCUACCACUUGAAGAGUGGAGGGUCCAGAGUUCCAUUUGUUGCAGCCAUUCAGGACAAACUGGAGUCAAUGGCUGGAGAGGUGGCAAGUGUGAUGGAUGAGCAACUUCAGACCAUGCUGGUGUCUAUGGUUGAUGCUGCCGAAGGGCUUUGUCCUCAUGUGAUGAAGAGGAGUGGCCUUCGUCAGGAGCUGCUUAGGGCUGGUGCGGGGAGGAUGACCAUCCCUUGUAGCUUCGUCACCAACACACUUCUGGAACAGUCUGGUGUGGACAUCAUCAACAAAAUCAGUGAAGUGAAACUCAGUGUGGCGUCCAUUCUGUCUGAUCGCAUUGUGGAUGAGAUCCUGGAGUCUCUAUCAAGAUCACAACAUACACUGGCCGACCACCUGAUCAGAAAGGAGCAUCCUCUGUUACAUCAGGAACCCCAGAAAGAGACGGAUGUCCCGGAUGAAACGGUUCUACAGCCAAAGAACCAUGACCAUGAUCAGAAACGGGAUCGAGACAAUAGACAUGGACUGAAUGAUGUGGACUCCUGCAUGGUGACACCUAAAUCAAAGAGAAAGAGUAUCCUUGUCAGAAUGGUGCGGCCUAUUUCUGUGGCUUUUGAGUUGGAGUUUGACCUGGACAAAGCACUGGAGGAGGUUCCGAUCCACGUUGAGGACCCACCUCUCCCUUCUCCUCCUCCACUAGCAUUAGACAGGAUGUCAUAUUACGAAGAUCUGCCCCCCACUCCCUCAGAUGGGAAGUCUGUGUGUUUAGGAGAACUGCCACAGCUGGAGCACAAAACUCUGGAAAAUUGCACGAAAUCCCGACCGAAACCAAAAAAAAGAAUGAAACCCAGCAGAGUCCUAGCCGCUAGAAGCUCAGUGCCACAUGAUGCUGAGCAGAAUAACUCAAUGGGAAAGCUGGAUGAAGGUCUAGAUGACUUCUUCUCCAAGAGAGUUGUUAAACUCAGUUUUAGACUUCCCUCUAUAAGAAGUCCAUCAACAACCACACCAGAAGGAGUAGAUAAAAAACGCGAAUCCAGAAAGAGUGGCUUCUUUAACCUCAUUAAAUCCCGUGCUUCCCGCUCUGAGAAGAGCCACGGAGCCUCCUCCAUCACACCACCUCAGCCUGCGCACGCUAACACCAACAACAACACCACACCUACUUUUACCACAAGCCCAGUCACUGAGGAGGCCCCACCUACAUCUCCCACAAUGCCUGUCAAAUCUCCAGCCAUUGUUUCAGACCCUCAUCAGGAGAUCCACAGGGCACAGACCUCGAACCACACAGAUCAUGAGACUGAGGCGCAUCUGACCUUUACUGAACCUGCAGAGGAGGAGAAAAAUAACAAGAAGGUGGAAAAUAAGGAGAACAUGGAGAAGACAGAAUGCCCUCCAAAGAAGGAGAAUAAAGAGAAGAAGGAGAACCCACACAUACAUCGCCACAUUGGUGUUCCUGUGAUGGGAAAGGAUCUACUGGCUGAAAUGAAGGCCAGGCAAGAAAGAAGGCAAGACAAAAUGGCUGAAAAGAAGUCUGAUUCAUCAUCAGUUGUGGACAAAGUGGACUCAGACAAACAGAAGUCAGACAUCCAUCCUGCAGUUUCCACAGACCCAGAAGGCCCCAAAGCUGAGCCGAUUUCCAAGGCCAAACCACCGGCCAUCACCCCUAAAUUGGUCCCACCUCAGACUGCUAAAGCCCCACUGGUGUCUCGCAUCUCUGGUCCCCUCAGUCCAACCAGUCCGAGGCCAUGCACCACCUCUGUCCUUGAUGAUGCUGUAGAGUUUCCAGCUGGCAGUGUACCUCUCAAAGUACCACUCCCUGCUCCCCGUCUGAAGAGGGCACCAUCGGAGCAAGACAGAGAGAGCACAAGCAGCAGCUCUGCAGGACACCUGUCUCCACUGGAGGCUGAGUUUCCUGCAGAUGGCGACACUUUUGACCAGCCCAACAUCACAGGCGCAGACGCCGGCAUCAGCGGCCGACAGUGGUCGUCUCUCAAGAACUCGUCCAGUCCUCCGCCUACCAACGAGGAAGAACGCGAGCGCACCAAGUCGCUCCCUAGCUACGUGAGGCUUCCAUCUCAGACAGAGACAGAUCUUAGUCCAGCUGACAUCGAGAUUUCAACUUUGUGCUCUGACCUCAAGUCUAAUAACAAAUCUGAGGACGAGUCCGGUGAUGACACUCCUUCAUUGUGAUUCCAGCAAGAUGUUCUUCAUCUUUUAAAUCUUGUUGCACCAUUAUUUCAGGAAAAAAAAAAAAACUUUUAAAGGGAGCAGUCACAUACAUGCAUGGACUUUAUUUCUGUUUCCUUUUUAAGUUUUAUAACAACACUUGGCAAAGAAGACUGUAACAUUUUUCUACAGUCUCAAACGUUAUCCUUUACUUUAACAACCAGGAGCUCUAAUAGGGACAUAAAGACCAUCUAGGUAGGUUUUAACUGCUGCAGAGAUUUUGAAAAGCUCAUUUAAUUCAAAGUACUGAGGAAAAUACAUCUGAUAUAUAUUUUGUACAUGCAAAUGGGUGGAGAUUAAAGCAGUGCAGAGUUUUUUUUAUUCUGCAAAAUUCCCUCAUGUUAAAACAGACAAAUUGAGGGAAAAUUAAAAGUUUUUUUUUACAGAGAUGUUCUAAAAUCAACAAUUUAUAUUUUUAGCAUUUAAAUAAUACCUUACAAUGCUAACCUGACUACUAUUGUAUCAUGUUCCCUUCAACUUCCUCUGGCCUUGCCGACCAAGAAUUUAUAUAUUUUAAAAAAUCUCUAGCUUUGUGUUCAUUUGAUUUAUUUUAGAAAUUAAUUUCUCUGAUUACUUUUGUAUAAUAUCUAUCCAUAUAGACUUAAUGGAAACUGUCUCGGUACAUUAUGGUGUUUAAUCUCUUAGGAUCUUGAAUUUUUAGUUUUGUUGAGUUUUUGAGAUUGUAGAAACCAAGAUAUAAAGUCUUUCUUUUGGCUUUGUAUGUUUUUUUGUUGAGGUUCAACAUCACUGCCUUUUCUUUUCUGGUUGAAAUUCUUAACAUUUUAUUUGGGGAUUGAAUUUUUUUCAAAAUGUAUUCAGCAGUUAAAAAAACUGUUUUGUUUAUAUCAUUGCAACUCCUUCACUUUCCUGCUGACACAAAUUAUUUUUUCUUAUAAAAAUAUGAGAUCAAAAGUGAAUGUUUGUUUUUUUAUGCCAUUUCCUCGCAAUAAUAUUCAUUGCUAUAUACUUACAUCCUAAUGUUGUACUGCUGCACUUAUCUAUGUAUUAUACAUCUAUGUAAAUAUGUAUUAAUGUUUUUCUGAGGUUUCUGUUCAGUAAAUACAUAUAUUGAUGGAAUUUGGUGAUGGUUUUUAUUUUGUUUUAUAAUUUCAGUUUAAAAUUGAUUUUAUUGGUUAUUAAAUGGCCGUAUCAGCCUGGAAAUGUGACAUCAGGUUGUCAGAUAGUUUUUGUACUUUUAUGUUUAUAUCAAUAAAAUGAGUUUUGGUCACAAAGACA